AGUAUUAGUACACUGAGUAUUAUUGUCGAUACAAAGAAGAUCAACCAAUGCUGUUCUGAGCCUGUGCACACGUUUCGCGUUCUUGUAGUUGUUGGUGUCCGUAGUGCUUCCAAUAUGGCAGAGUACAAAGGAGCUUCCAGUGAGAGCGGGCGAGCUGCGUAUCUGCAGAAGAAGAGAGAAAAUGCCAAGGAGGAAUUGGAAAAAGAAAAACACAGAAUUGUGCAGGAGAACAAACAACGCCUUGGCAUCAUCAAUAACAAGUUUGCAUCUCACAUCGAUGUCGUCGAACAGCAGCUCAAAUCCACCACCGUCGGCUUGGUGACGUUGGAUGAAAUGAAAGCGAAACACGAGAGUCUGGUGGAGCAGCAUUCCAAGAAGCUAGCCGGUGCCGUCGAAGGAAAGGAGGAAGAAAAGAAGAGAGAAAAGAAGCGGAGGGAGGCAAACGCCAAGAGACAGUCCAAGCAAGUCCUAUCAUUCGGCGGUGACGAGGAAGACGAAGAUGGUGAUGGAUCAAGUGACGACGACAGACCACCGCCACCGGCAAAGAAAAAGAAGUUUGGAAAGGACCCCACAGUCGACACAUCCUUCUUACCCGAUCAGGAGCGAGAGGAAGCUGAGAGGCGCGAACGUGAACAGCUGCAGACAGAGUGGAAGGCUCAGCAGGAGAAGCUGAAAAGUGAGGAAAUUGUAAUCACGUACAGUUACUGGGAUGGCACCGGACAUCGAAAGGUCGCUAGGAUGAAGAAGGGCAACUCCAUCCACGACUUCCUCAAUGCCUGUAUGAAGGAAUUGCGGGACCAUUUCACAGAGUUGAGAGGUGUAUCCACGGAGAACCUGAUGUAUAUCAAGGAAGAUCUUAUCAUCCCUCAGCACUACACCUUCUAUGACUUUAUCGUGACCAAAGCACGUGGAAAAUCAGGUCCUUUGUUCAGCUUCGAUGUUCACGAUGAUGUCCGAAUGGUGAACGAUGCUAACACGGAGAAACACGAGUCUCAUGCUGGUAAAGUGGUGUGCCGUAGCUGGUACGAACGUAACAAGCACAUCUUUCCGUGCAGUCGAUGGGAACCCUACGACCCGGCCAAGAAGUGGGAGACAUACACGAUUUCUGAUGGGCCCAAGCCAAAGUGAGGCGUCAGAACGAGCUCUGAUCCUAUCUAGUGCUGUUGAAAAGUUGAGCUGCCAGAAACACACACAUGGCUUGGAAAUGCUGGUCAGUUCCUGCUUGAUGAAUAUUACGCAGUGUUUGGAGCUGCUGCAAUUGUUGAAUGUGGCCUUUCCUUAAAUUGUUAUAAAAAAUUAUGCCUCCCUGGCUCUGACCUGACCCUGUCAGAUUUUGUCUGCUUCCCUCAACUGCUAUCUGUUGUACAUACUGCUGCUGUAAAUAAUGCUGUGACUGCUGCUCUUACUGUGAUUUCUACCAUUACUAAUGCUUUUUAAAAUAAUCAAACGUAUUUGUGCUGUUGCUGGCAGCUGUACACGGUAGAGACUAUCGCUUUCCUUUGAUCACCAGUGCCAGCAUAUCUAUUGUUUAUAGUGAUUCAGCUUGAAGUGGCUGCUUGUACAUACUUACUUUGCUAUGUCUCCGUUUUGGGUUGUGCUGCGUCUUUCUACGCGUAUCUGCAACCCAAUUCCCUGCUCAUACUGCUGAUUAGUGAUUCUUCUUUUCACUCACUCUUGACCUCUGCAAUGCUUUUCUUCUGCUGUAAAA